UUUGGGAGUCUCCCGGAAAAUAUCGGGAGGGUUAGCAUGUCUGGCUGCGUCUUGCAGCCCAGGGAGCGUGGCUGCUGCACGGAGCGUGUUUGGUGCCUGUCCAUUCCACGUCAUCGACGGCGUCUGCCGACUGAGGCUUGAGGGCAUUGUAGGACCAAGGUUAGUCCAGCUACACAUCUGGUUUUCCAGUGAAGAGGUUUCCAGGGACAUCAUCUGUUUCAAUGCCAGAUUGCAGCGCUGUGCUGAUUGCAGACCUUUCCAUGUUUCUGAUAGUCAGAUGCUGGCAUCCAAACCGUGUCAAAAUGCUCACUCUAACUGCAGGUCUCUGUUUGAUCAUCGCCAGCUUGGGUGUACCUGGCCUUGCGAGAAAUAUUCCAGUGUACAAACGAGGAUAUGGAAACCCCUGUUAUGGAAUGCAAGAUGGGCCGUACCCCAACCCCAAUGAUCCUCAUUCGUAUUACAACUGUGUUUGGGGACUCGCCUACAUCCAAAAAUGCCCAUUGCAUUUAGUGUAUAAGCAUUCUAUAACUACUUGUUACUAUCCCGGAUCAUCUGAAAGCAGCAGUUCAUCACAUGAAGACACCAGUGAGCAAAGACAUCCUACCAAACCUCCCAUUAUGCCAACUACUCCUCCCACCACAACUCCUCCUGCCACGCCGAUUGAGACAACAACAAACGGUACUUACUAUCCUGGAAGCCUCUGCGCUGGAAGACCAGACGGGCAGUACACCAACCCUAAUGACCCACAUUCUUUUCUCAGUUGUGUAGCUGGACAAACCUACAUCUUACAAUGCCCAGCAAAUUUGGUCUAUGUAGAACCCACUAAUAGGUGUGACUAUCCCAGUAGUCCAACUACCAAUGGAAGCCUCUGCACUGGAAGACCAGACGGGCAGUACACCAACCCUAAUGACCCACAUUCUUUUCUCAGCUGUGUAGCUGGACUAACCUACAUCUUACAAUGCCCAGCAAAUUUGGUCUAUGUAGAACCCACUAAUAGGUGUGACUAUCCCAGUAGUCCAACUACCAAUGGAAGCCUCUGCACUGGAAGACCAGACGGGCAGUACACCAACCCUAAUGACCCACAUUCUUUUCUCAGCUGUGUAGCUGGACUAACCUACAUCUUACAAUGCCCAGCAAAUUUGGUCUAUGUAGAACCCACUAAUAGGUGUGACUAUCCCAGUAGUCCAACUACCAAUGGAAGCCUCUGCACUGGAAGACCAGACGGGCAGUACACCAACCCUAAUGACCCACAUUCUUUUCUCAGCUGUGUAGCUGGACUAACCUACAUCUUACAAUGCCCAGCAAAUUUGGUCUAUGUAGAACCCACUAAUAGGUGUGACUAUCCCAGUAGUCCAACUACCAAUGGAAGCCUCUGCACUGGAAGACCAGACGGGCAGUACACCAACCCUAAUGACCCACAUUCUUUUCUCAGCUGUGUAGCUGGACUAACCUACAUCUUACAAUGCCCAGCAAAUUUGGUCUAUGUAGAACCCACUAAUAGGUGUGACUAUCCCAGUAGUCCAACUACCAAUGGAAGCCUCUGCACUGGAAGACCAGACGGGCAGUACACCAACCCUAAUGACCCACAUUCUUUUCUCAGCUGUGUAGCUGGACUAACCUACAUCUUACAAUGCCCAGCAAAUUUGGUCUAUGUAGAACCCACUAAUAGGUGUGACUAUCCCAGUAGUCCAACUACCAAUGGAAGCCUCUGCACUGGAAGACCAGACGGGCAGUACACCAACCCUAAUGACCCACAUUCUUUUCUCAGCUGUGUAGCUGGACUAACCUACAUCUUACAAUGCCCAGCAAAUUUGGUCUAUGUAGAACCCACUAAUAGGUGUGACUAUCCCAGUAGUCCAACUACCAAUGGAAGCCUCUGCACUGGAAGACCAGACGGGCAGUACACCAACCCUAAUGACCCACAUUCUUUUCUCAGCUGUGUAGCUGGACUAACCUACAUCUUACAAUGCCCAGCAAAUUUGGUCUAUGUAGAACCCACUAAUAGGUGUGACUAUCCCAGUAGUCCAACUACCAAUGGAAGCCUCUGCACUGGAAGACCAGACGGGCAGUACACCAACCCUAAUGACCCACAUUCUUUUCUCAGCUGUGUAGCUGGACUAACCUACAUCUUACAAUGCCCAGCAAAUUUGGUCUAUGUAGAACCCACUAAUAGGUGUGACUAUCCCAGUAGUCCAACUACCAAUGGAAGCCUCUGCACUGGAAGACCAGACGGGCAGUACACCAACCCUAAUGACCCACAUUCUUUUCUCAGCUGUGUAGCUGGACUAACCUACAUCUUACAAUGCCCAGCAAAUUUGGUCUAUGUAGAACCCACUAAUAGGUGUGACUAUCCCAGUAGUCCAACUACCAAUGGAAGCCUCUGCACUGGAAGACCAGACGGGCAGUACACCAACCCUAAUGACCCACAUUCUUUUCUCAGCUGUGUAGCUGGACUAACCUACAUCUUACAAUGCCCAGCAAAUUUGGUCUAUGUAGAACCCACUAAUAGGUGUGACUAUCCCAGUAGUCCAACUACCAAUGGAAGCCUCUGCACUGGAAGACCAGACGGGCAGUACACCAACCCUAAUGACCCACAUUCUUUUCUCAGCUGUGUAGCUGGACUAACCUACAUCUUACAAUGCCCAGCAAAUUUGGUCUAUGUAGAACCCACUAAUAGGUGUGACUAUCCCUAAAUAAAUUAGUACAGAUAAUGGAGGCCAUGUAUUAGAAGAAAUGGGGAAUACAUAAUAAUCAUAAUUACCAUUCUUCUCGGAUCCAUCUACCAAAUUUUGUUAAAUGUGCAAUUUUGUUUGUUUCUUCAAUGCUUUUGGAUGUGAGGAAUGUAAUAGUGGUUUAAUAUCACAUUAUUUUCUUAACUUCAUUGGUGUUGUAUGGGGUAUAAGCCGAUGUAACUGUUGCGUGUGUAAUCACAUUGGGUGUUUCCUCUUUGGUUUGUGUUUAACCCUCAGUGAAUGAAUUGUUCUUACAUUACAAAACAAAUGUGGCAUAUUGUAAUUAUAUUCAUGUGAUCUCAGUUUAAAUUGAAAUAAAUACCUUUAUUAUAGUGAAACAAUGAAGGAAUAAAUUACCGCAAAUAUACCUGACUUAUUGUGGCACGUUUUCUUUGCACUAUUUUUGGUUGUUCUGUAUUAGUUUCUCUUCACCUGUCUGCCGUUUGUUAA